AUGACAACUUCAAUCUUAACUUCAACUUUACAAACAAUUAAAACAAAUUGGCAAACAAUGUCUGUGAGACAAAGAUUACUUAAAGAGUAUAGAACUCUUGAACAUAACAAUUUAGAUGGAAUUAAUCCAAUCUUAACAGAAAAUUUACAUUUACUUUAUGCAGAUAUAAAAAUAUUUGAUAAUGAAUUAUAUCAAGAUACUUAUCGUGUUAAAAUUAUGAUUCCAGAACAAUAUCCUUAUGUUUCUCCAGUGGUAAUAUUCAUGAAAUCAACUGAAGAUAAUAUCAAUACCAUACCAAUCCAUCCUCAUAUUUAUUCAAAUGGUCAUAUUUGUUUAGAUCUUUUGGGUCCAGCUUGGACUCCAAUUCAAACUAUAAAUUCUUUAUUAAUUUCUUUACAAUCAAUCCUUGCUUCAAAUUCAAGAAAUGAAAGACCUAGUGAUGAUGAAAAAUAUGUUGCUAAAGCUCCUAAAAAUCCUUCCAAAACAAGAUUUGUUUAUCAUGAUGAAACUAUUUAG